AUGUCGACCACACGACCCAUCAGAACAAUCGGCUACAUAGGUCUAGGCAAGGCAGGCUACUCCCUCGCCUCAGUUCUCUCAAGAUCCAGUUCGUACAGCCUCAUCGUCCAAGAUGCAGACCGCACUCGAGCAGAACUCUUCAUCAAAGAACACGGCAACGCCACUGUAGCAACGACCAACGCUUCCCUCAAUGAAAUCGACGUCCUCAUCACCAUGCUUCUAAACGGAUCCAUCGUCCGCUCCAACGGCACAAUCAUCAUCGACACAUCCUCCUCCUCCCCCUUCCACACGAGGGACACGGCGGAGCUAUUACGGAACCUCAACCCAACCCUAAUCCUAAUAGACUCGUCCGUAACGCAAGAAUACGCCUUCGCCCUGUCCAAAGGCGACGCUACCCUGAUGGUCGGCUGUUCGGACCCCAACGCGCUGGAGAGGGCUAUGCCAGUUUUGAAGUGUAUGGGGCGGUACGUCUUCUAUAUGGGGAGUUUGGGGGCCGGGCAUGCGAUGAAGGGCUUGAAUAAUUAUGUGAGUUGCGCGAGUAUCUUAGGCUUGUGUGAUGCUUUUGUUGCUGGACAGAAAUUUGGUCUUGAGCCGAGCAGGAUGGUGGAGGUGAUGAAUCGGGGGACUGGGGGGAUUUUUCGACGAGGGAGAGGCCUCACGAGGCGCUUCAAGUCGGGGUAUCAGCUGCAGUUGUUGCUGAAGGAUAUGAAGUUUGCGAGAAAAGUUAUUGAGGAGAUGGGGGUAACAUUGUCGUUGCCGGGGCUUAUCGUGAGGGAGCUGGAGGAGGCGGUGGAGGUUGCUGGGGAGGGGCCGGAUCAUACGGAGGUUAUUAAGGCGUGGGAGAGGAGGGCUGGGGUGGAGCUGAUAAGGAGUAAGUUGUAG